CGGUAGAGCAGAAGACGUGGCAAUUGGGCAGCGUCUGCCGGACAUCAGUGACAAUAUCGUCGAGAGGUCGCGAAACCUACUCAUUUGUCAGUAAAACAGCUAUUACAUCUGCUGUUACGUUUUUCGCCAGAGGAGGAGAUACGACGAUUAAUUAUGUGAAAGGACGAGAUAUGAGGUUACAGUGGCAGAGGAAGAAUAUCAUCGUGAAUAUAGUUCGAGGAAAUCUAUUAAGAGUACUCUAGCACAGAUGUAAGCUUCGGGAUUUUACCUGCGACGUCAUCAGAAAAGAUGUAUAAUUUGCGGAGAAUUGUGAAAAUUGUGUCGCUCGAUAACGACUGUCCUUGACUCUUCUCGUGUAAGAAUGACGACGACGACGGAGGCGAUCUUGGCGGUGUCCGAGGAGGUGCUGAACGGGACGACCUCGAACGAGACACUGACGGGCGAAGUGGACGUCGCGAACGGGACGUCGGAGGCGCAGUUCUGCGGGCCGGGACUGCGGCACUUCCAGGCCGGCUACCGCGAGGUGCACGCCUACCUCAGCCUGCUGGUGUGCGUCUUCGGCUCGGUGGCCAACUCGCUGAACAUCGCGGUGCUGACGCGCCGCGAGAUGGUGUCCGCCACCAACAGCAUCCUGACGGCGCUCGCCGUCGCCGACCUGCUCGUCAUGGUGGAGUACGUGCCGUACGCGCUGCACACGUACCUGCUGAAGCGGCCGCGCGCGCGCAGCUACACGUACGCGUGGGCCGUCUUCGUGCUGUUCCACUCGAACUUCGCGCAGGUGUGCCACACGGUGUCGAUCCUGCUGACGGUGGAGCUGGCCGUGUGGCGCUACCUGGCGGUGGCGCACCCGCGGCGCGGCCAGGUGGGCGUGGCGCGCACGCUGGCCGCCGUCGCCGCCGCCUACCUGCUGGGCCCGCUGCUGUGCGCGCCGCACUUCCUCGCCUUCGAGGUGGCCGAGGUGCGCGAGCGCGGCGCCACGCUGCACGUCGUGCAGAUGAGCCGGCUGAGCCGCGCCGCCGGCGGGCUGCUGGCCGACCUCAACUUCUGGGUGUACGCCGUGGCGGUGAAGCUGGCGCCGUGCGCCGCGCUCACGGUGCUCAGCCUGCGCAUCGUGGCCGCGCUGCUCGAGACGAAGCGCCGCCGCCGCCAGCUGUCCCUGGCCGCCGCCGCGCGCCAGCCGGCCAAGGAGCGCCAGACGGAGCGCACGACGCGCAUGCUGCUCGCCGUGCUGCUGCUCUUCCUGGCCACCGAGCUGCCGCAGGGCGUGCUCGGGCUGCUCAGCGGCCUGCUCGGCCAGCGCUUCUUCGCCGAGUGCUACCUGCCGCUGGGCGAGCUCAUGGACGGCCUGGCGCUGUUCAACUCGGCCGUCAACUUCGUGCUCUACUGCAGCAUGAGCCGCCAGUUCCGGGUCACCUUCUGCCAGCUCUUCCGGCCGCGCGCGCUCGGCAGGUGGAUCCCGGUCGAGGCGUCGCACGACGCCAACACCACCACCAACAACGCGACGCAGGUGACGCAGCUCUAGC